AUGUUUCUUCUCGAUGUGGUGGCGGUGUUUUCUCGUCCUGUAAACGUAGACUUGUCGGGGCUUGAGCACAGUGCGUGGAAGCGAGCGCAGAGUCUGCAGCGAUACAGUACGGCUCAGUUGCGGGAUGCCAUAGCUCGAAGAACAAAGGUAGACGUGCGCUUGGAUGUGAUAUCCCCAUUGAUCAACAUUAUACAAUCGCCGCCAUCGGACACUGGAAUUCCUAUUGGAGACGAAGUGAGUUUGCUGGUUUUCCUGGGUCAUUUGAAGGCGCAGACGAAGCACCCGGGUGAUAAUUAUGAGGAAGGUGGCGAGAGUCUUUAUGAUGUCCUGGAGAUCAGUAUCUCGGGGAUUGAAGUGCAAAUUAUCGAUGGGAGAAACAACGGUAUUGUCCGAAACGUUUUCCGCAUGCGAACUCAAUCAGGCAAGAGAUCCUCGUGGCACUAUCUUCUCAAGAAAACCUCUUUGGCGUUCAGUUUUUACAUGAGCGUCACGCCUGACGAUCCCAGUGUUCCCCUUCUGAAGCUUUUUGGAGGCGUCGACAGCGUUAAUUUGAACUUGUCGGCUACAAGUUUCCGCUCUUUGAUGCAGCUACUCCACUCGUUCGGGGGCAACUUUUCAGCUCACGCGCAGCGGCGUCUUGACACGCAGGCUGCCACUGUAGUUGAUAUAGCAAGCCUUCCUUCGACACGAAUCGGACAACAGUCGGCAGGGACGCCACAACGUAGCAAGCCGAAGCUCGUACGCAAGGUAUCCUCCUACGUAAAGCCUGGAGCUGUUGCUCUGUCCAGUAGCGGCUCAAAUCCAACUCGAGCGGAAGACAACACUCGGCGAAAAGGACAUUGA